CGCGGCCCCGCCCCCUCUCUCCCGCUCCGCCCCAGCACUGGCUCCGCGUGGUUCUCACCACCGGCAGCUCAUACCCGGUGGUCCUCAAGCAGCACUAGUUUGGGGUGGCGCGGCAGGGGUAACUGCAAGGCCCAAGGGGUCGGUCUGUGUCUCCUCCCGGAAAAAGAUCAAGGAAUCCUCUCUCCUGGUAAAAUUGGACUACCGGCUUCUGACGACAACCCAUGGACUUAGAGUCUCGGAGUCCCGAACGAUAAGUGAGCGACCCUAGAGGAAGGACAGGCCGGGGUCGCCACCCGGACCGCCAUGGCCGCGCCCGCCCGUCGUCUGUGCCACAUCGCCUUCCACGUGCCCCCGGGGCUGCCCCUCGCCCGAGAUCUGCAGCACUUUUUCGGCUUUCAGCCCCUGGCGGUGCGGGAAGCAGCCGGCUGGCGGCAGCUGGCCCUGCGCAGCAGAGACACUGUCUUUUUGGUGAAUGAGGGUGGGGGUCCGGGGGAGCCGCUGUACGGCCUGGACCCGCAUCAUCCGGUGCCCGGCGCCACGAACUUGUGCUUUGAUGUGGCCGACGCGGGCGCCGCCGCCCGGGAGCUGGCUGCCCUAGGCUGCAGCGUGCCCGUGCCCCCCGUCAACGUGCGGGAUGCACAGGGCACCGCCACCUACGCCGUGGUCAGCUCGCCCGCUGGCAACCUUAGCCUGACGCUAGUGGAGCGCACCGGCUUCUGCGGGCCCUUCCUGCCUGGCUUUAGGCCUGUAAGCUCGGCACCUGGCCCAGGUUGGGUCAGCCACGUGGACCACCUGACCCUGGCCUGCAAACCCAGCAGCUCCCCAAAACUGAUGCGCUGGUUCCACGACUGUCUAGGCUUUCACCACCUGCCACUAAGCCCAGGUGAGGAUCCGGAGCUGGGUCUUGAGGUGGCAGCAGGGUCCGGGCGCGGGGGGCUGAGGCUCACUGCUCUGCAGGUCCCUACCAAUAACCUUGUCCCCACCCUUGUCCUUGCUGAGUCCCUGCUGGGCGUCACCGAAGGACAAGACCAGGUGGAGCAGUUCCUGGCCCGGAAUGGCGGACCUGGACUACAACACGUGGGGCUGUACACACCCAACAUCAUGGAAGCUACUGAGGGGGUGGCAGGGGCCGGAGGUCAGCUCCUGACUCCUCCAGAGGCCUACUACCAGCAACCAGGCAAGGAGAAGCAGAUCCUGGCUGCAGGGCAUAAGCCUAGCCUGCUGGCCCGACAGGGGGUCCUGCUAGAUGGAGAUAGAGGCAAGUUUCUGCUUCAGGUCUUCACCAAGUCCCUUUUUGCAGAGGACACUUUCUUCCUGGAGCUGAUUCAGAGGCAAGGGGCCACAGGUUUUGGCCAGGGCAACAUCCGAGCCCUGUGGCAGUCUGUGCAAGAGCAAGCUGCCAGGGGCCAGGAAGCCUGAGAAGGGCUGAAGCUGGGCAAAGCUACCUGUCCUGGAGCUCUGGGAGUCCAGCACAGGGCGUGCUGGAACUGAGAAACACCCACUGAGGCCUGGAAUGAAAGGUUUUGUCCCUAGGGGCCAGGUGUGGCCUCCAUCUUAUCAGUAUCUGCCAAAAGUUGAAUAUCUCACUGCAGUUCAAAGAGGUGGGGUUUUCUUUUUAAACUGUGAAACAUUUCUCACAUAAUAUAUAUGCAAGAUGUAAAUAAAGGAAUUACACAACUAGGAAAUAGAACAUAAGCAAUACUUUUGAAGCCUUCUUGU